GGGGAGAAUCACCCGUCUCCUAAUUUUAACCAGUAUGUGAGGGACCAGGGUGCCAUGACCGACCAGCUGAGCCGGCGGCAGAUCCGUGAGUACCAGCUCUACAGCCGGACCAGCGGCAAACACGUGCAGGUCACUGGGCGACGCAUCUCCGCCACCGCCGAGGACGGCAACAAGUUUGCCAAGCUCAUCGUGGAGACCGACACGUUUGGCAGCCGUGUGCGCAUCAAGGGGGCAGAGAGCGAGAAGUACAUCUGUAUGAACAAACGCGGGAAGCUGAUUGGCAAGCCCAGCGGCAAGAGCAAGGACUGCGUGUUCACCGAGAUCGUGCUGGAGAACAACUACACGGCCUUCCAGAACGCGCGGCACGAGGGCUGGUUCAUGGCCUUCACGCGCCAGGGCCGGCCCCGCCAGGCGUCCCGCAGCCGCCAGAACCAGCGCGAGGCGCACUUCAUCAAGCGCCUCUACCAGGGCCAACUGCCCUUCCCCAACCACGCCGAGAGGCAGAAGCAGUUCGAGUUCGUAGGCUCGGCCCCCACCCGCCGGACCAAGCGCACCCGGCGACCCCAGCCCCUCACGUAGGCUCCUCCCCGCACCACAUCCCCCUCACCCUACCCCGCGUCCCUUGGCGAUCCAAAGACUAGGCUGGGCUGGGCUGGGCUGGGCUGGGGGGCCGGGAGGGGCGCCCCGGAAGCAUUAGC